CUUGUCAAAUUGAUAUUGUAAUGUUUGUUUUGUAUGCGUCGUACGUUUGUGUAUUAUUUGUAAUUGAGCGGAUUCAUCAUAUUUAAAAUUACUUAUUUUCUAAUGAGUUACUCAAUGAAAUCGGCCAAUCCAGAACUGGAAGUUGCCGAUGUAAAGCAUUCCAUAAUCGCUAUGAUGCUUUCAAAGAAAACGUUAAAAUACGAUAUAAGGCGAAUUCAGUUCCGUCAUUUUGCGCAGCAUAAACAAGUACAGCUCAACAACGUUUUGUUAGAGGAGAAAUCAUCCAGCCAUGUUUUCGCAAUCAGCCUGUGUACAAGUUCACAUAAAACAAAUGAGCUGCACACCGCUGUUGUCGAGAAAGUAAUUCUUGCCAUGAUAUCGUCCUGCAGAACGGACAACAAUCAGGCCCUCCAUAAGCUGCUACACGUUGCGGUCUGCGAAGAGAAUUAUAAUGUUUGA